AUGUCAAACAUUCUUCCUGCAACCCUGAAGAAAGCCGGAAACGUCGUCAUGGGUCAAUCAAACAAGAAGAACGCUCAGCUCGCUGAGAACAUGGUCGAGCCUAACCCCAAGGCUCCCAUGACCACCGACUUUGGCACCAAGAUCGAGAACACGGACGACUGGCUACGAGUGACCAACAAUGACAAGACCGGUCCCACGCUUCUUGAGGAUGCCAUUGCCAGGGAAAAGAUCCACCGUUUCGACCAUGAGAGAAUCCCUGAGCGAGUCGUUCACGCAAGAGGUGCUGGUGCUUUUGGUACCUUCAGACUCUUCGAGAGCGCUUCGGAUGUGACCAACGCCGGUAUCUUGACCGACACCUCUCGCGAGACCCCUCUGUUCCUCCGCUUUUCCACUGUUCUCGGUAGCAGAGGCAGUGCCGACACCGUUCGCGAUGUACGCGGCUUUGCAGUCAAGUUCUACACGGAGGAGGGAAACUGGGACCUUGUUGGAAACAAUAUUCCCGUUUUCUUCAUCCAGGACGCCAUGAAGUUCCCCGAUGUCAUCCACGCAGGCAAGCCUGAGCCUCAGCUCGAGUUCCCCCAGGCCCAGUCUGCCCAUGACAACUUCUGGGACUUCCAGUAUCUGCAUACAGAGGCCACCCACAUGUUCUGCUGGGCUAUGUCCGACCGCACAAUUCCCCGCUCCUACAGAAUGAUGCAGGGUUUCGGAGUCAACACCUACACCCUCAUCAACGACAAGGGCGAGCGUCACUUUGUCAAGUUCCAUUUCACACCCGAGCUCGGUGUCCACUCCCUCGUUUGGGAUGAGGCUCUGAAGCUUGCUGGCCAAGACCCCGACUUCCACCGCAAGGACCUCGCCGAGGCUAUUGAGAAUGGUGCUUACCCCAAAUGGAAGUUCGGUAUCCAGGUCCUUCCCGAGUCCAAGGAGCAUGACUUUGACUUUGACAUUCUUGAUGCCACCAAGGUCUGGCCUGAGGAGCAGAUCCCCAUUCGUUACAUCGGAGAGAUGGAGCUAAACAAGAACCCCGACGAGUACUUCACCCAGACCGAGCAGGUCGCCUUCUGCACCAGCCACGUCGUUCCUGGCAUUGGAUUUUCCGACGACCCUCUCCUCCAGGGCCGCAACUUUUCUUACUUUGAUACCCAAAUCACUCGUCUCGGCAUCAACUGGCAGGAGCUUCCCAUCAACAAGCCCGUGUGCCCCGUAAUGAACUUCAACAGGGAUGGUCAGCACCGCCAAACCAUUUCCAAGGGUAACACCAACUAUUGGCCUAAUCGCCACGAGGCCGUGCCCCCCGCCAACCACUCCAAGGUCUCUGGUGCAUACGUCGACUUUGCACAGAAGGUGGAGGGCAUCAAGCAGCGCACCAAGAGCGCCAAGUUCAAAGAACACUUCAGCCAAGCUCAGCUCUUCUUCAACAGUUUGUCUCCUAUUGAGAAGCUUCACGCCGCCAACGCUUUCGCCUUCGAACUGGACCACUGCGAGGACCCCGUCGUCUACGAGCGCAUGUCUCAGCGUCUCGCCGACAUCGACCUCGGCUUGGCCCAGACUGUUGCUGAGAUGGUUGGUGGAACCAAGCCCGAGAAGGCUGGCCUCGCCAACCAUGGAAAGAAGGCCAAGGGUCUCAGCCAGCUGGAGUUCAUGCCCGAGACACCCACCAUCGCCUCGCGUCGCGUGGCCAUCAUCAUCGCCGAUGGCUUCGACCCUGUCGCCUUCGGCGCUGUUCAGGCCGAAGUUGUUGCUUCCAUGGCCAUUCCUAUGGUGAUUGGUACUCGGCGCUCCGAGAUCUUCCCCGCAGGAGUAUCCAAGACACCCGGCAAUGGUGUCAAGCCCGCUCACCACCUUGAGGGUUUCAGAUCCACCAUGGUUGAUGCUAUCUUCGUUCCCGGUGGCGAGGAGUCUAUCAAGACCUUGACCAAGAACGGCAGAGCCGUUCACUGGAUCCGAGAGGCUUUCGGUCAUCUCAAGGCCAUUGCAGCUACCGGUGAGGGUGUUGAAUUCAUCCGCACUGCCAUCACUCUGCCUGAGGUUACUCUGUCCACCGACAGUACCGUGACAGAGAGUUACGGUGUCAUUACGAUGAAGAAAUUCUCGCCCGACAGCCUCAAGGAGACGGUCAAGAUUAUUAAGAACGGCAAGGGAUUCUUGGAGAAGUUCUUUUACACGAUUGCUCAGCACCGCGUGUGGGCUCGUGAGCUUGACGGUCUUAGCACCCAGCUUGCAUACUAA